AUGUCGCUAGACAAGAUGAAGCGGUACCACAAGAUGGAGAAGAUCGGGGAGGGGACGUAUGGUGUCGUGUACAAAGCGCAGAAUAGCCACGGUGAGAUCUUUGCGCUGAAGAACAUACGUGUCGAGGAGGAGGACGAAGGCAUUCCCAGCACCGCAAUCCGCGAAAUUAGCCUCCUCAAAGAGCUCCACCACCCCAACAUCGUGUGGCUCCGCGACGUUAUCCACAGCGACAAGUGUCUGACACUGGUCUUCGAGUACCUCGACCAGGACCUGAAGAAACUCCUAGAUGUCUGCGACGGUGGACUCGAAUCCUCAACAGCAAAGUCGUUCCUGUACCAGCUUCUGAAAGGGGUUGCCUACUGCCACGACCAUCGCAUCUUGCAUCGUGACCUAAAACCCCAGAACCUACUAAUCAACCGUGAAGGAGUGUUGAAGCUGGCAGAUUUCGGGCUCGCAAGGUGGGUUACAGAGCUAAUGAUGAACUUCAUGGAUGGCAGGGCGUUCGCCAUUCCAGUGCGCAGCUACACGCACGAGGUCGUGACAUUAUGGUACCGCGCACCCGACGUGCUAAUGGGCUCCAAGAAAUACUCCACGGAGGUCGACAUAUGGAGCGUAGGGUGCAUCUUUGCAGAGAUGAUCAACGGCGUGCCCCUAUUCCCAGGUGUAUCCGAGCAGGACCAGCUGAAACGAAUAUUCAAGCUCUUGGGCUCCCCGGACAUCAUAACGUGGCCACAAGUCCUUGAGCUUCCCGCUUAUAAUCCCGAUUUUGGUUUUUUUGAGCGCCAACCGUGGAGCGCUAUUGUCCCAAAACUGAGUGGCGCAGGAGUGGACCUGAUUUCCAAAAUGCUACAGCUGGACCCCUUCCAGCGCAUCUCGGCAAGAGAGGCCCUGUGCCACGAGUACUUCAACGAUCUGCCCGAAAACCGGGGCGUGCAGCCAUGA